UCAUGUUAUUAUACCAUACACAAGAAAACAUUGAACUACUCUUGUCUGCUUACAGUAAUGAGUCUCUUAUCGUUUACUCCUACCCUCCCUUGCCUCCUGCUCCACCACCAACUGAACAGAUCCGCCACCGUCUUCUCUCUCCUCUCCUCCUCUCCUUUCUCUUCUCAUUGCCUUUAUUCGAAGCCACCUCCUAGUUUACCCUUCCACAAUCUCUAUCACAUUCGUCGUGCAACCACCUCUCGCAACUCUUCUCCUUUUUCCCGUCCUCGCUUUGCUGCCGCCGCGGUCCCUGGAGGAGCUCUGCUUCAAGACGCCGGAGCCACGGUAGCUGUUCUCGCCGGCGCUUAUGUUCUAGUUCUCGUUUUCGACACUCUUACUCAGCGAAAGCUCAUCCAGCAGGCACUGUAUCUAUCGAGUAAUUUGAGCAGAAAAUUGGUUCAUAUAUUAUCUGGUUUGCUUUUUGCCGUUUCUUGGCCAAUUUUCAGCACCUCAACAGAGGCUCGCUACUUUGCAACUUUAGUGCCUCUUGUCAAUGGCUUAAGGCUUGUAAUCCAUGGCCUCUCAUUGGCAACCAAUGAUGGGCUCAUAAAGUCUGUUACUAGAGAAGGAAAACCAGAGGAGUUGCUAAAGGGUCCUUUAUAUUAUGUGCUUAUGUUGAUUUUAUGUGCUCUAGUGUUUUGGCGUGAGUCUCCUAUUGGGUUGAUCUCAUUGGCAAUGAUGUGUGGUGGUGAUGGUGUGGCUGAUAUAAUGGGAAGAAGAUUUGGGUCAAUGAAACUUCCUUAUAAUCAACAGAAGAGUUGGGUGGGUAGCAUAUCUAUGUUCAUUUCCGGAUUCUUGAUUUCUAUGGGGAUGCUAUACUACUAUUCAGCAUUGGGAUAUUUUGACUUUGAUUGGAUAUGGACAAUGAAAAGAGUUGCUUUGAUUGCUUUAGUGGCAACAAUAGUGGAGUCUCUUCCUACUACAGAGACCAUAGAUGACAAUAUAUCUGUUCCUUUAACAAGCAUCUUGGCAGCAUAUCUAAGCUUUGGUUUCUAGCUUGCGGUGCAUAAUACCAAUUGUUAUGUUUUAGAUUUACUCUUUUAAUGGUGUAGUUCUAUUUUGAUGAUUCUAGCUAAUAUUUUAUUGCUAUAAAUUGGUAGAAUGUUAUGAAAGCUGAAAUUUAAUAUCAGGUAAUGCUAAUUACAUUAUGUAUUCCAUGCUAUUUUACCUAAUGGAAUGUUCAUAAAAUACGAUAAUACAUGUAAUCUUUGAUUACUUGCUA